AUGGCACUUGUAGCAUGGGACACAGUAUGUAAACCAAAGCAACAGGGUGGUUUGGGGAUAAAAGAUUGUAUGGCAUGGAAUGAAGCAGCAAUGGUGAAAUAUGUUUGGAACAUAGCAAAUAAAGAGGAUAACCUGUGGGUGAAAUGGGUGAAUCAUGUAUACAUAAAAGAGCAGGAUUGGUGGCAGUAUGUUCCACCAGUGGAUAGCUGUUGGUAUUGGAAGAAAGUAUGUGCAUGUAGAGACAAAUUUGCUGCUGGUUUUGUCAACAAUGGCUGGCUUAAACAGGGGGACAAAUAUACAAUACAAAGUGGAUACCAAUGGUACAAAGGUGAAGUAGAGAUUAAGCCAUGGUAUCGAGGGGUAUGGGGUCGGAUGAAUGUGCCAAAACACAGCUUCAUGAGCUGGCUUGCCAUGCACAGGAAGCUAUUGACAAAGGAGAGGCUGCAAAAGUUAAAGUUAUGCCAAGAUAGUGAUUGCUUGAUAUGUGGAAGACAUAAGGAAACAGUGGAGCACUUGUUCUUUGAAUGCAAACUAUCAGAGGAGUGCCUGAAGGAGCUGCUAAAGUGGAUGAAAAAAGGAACAACAAAAACUGACCUUGAAGGUAUAUGGAGGAGAAUAAUCAGGGGUACACAAGGGAAGAGAUGCAGAGAAUUCACAACAGCAAUAGUGGCAGCGAUAAUAUACAGAAUUUGGUGGGCAAGAAAUGAAGCAUUAUGGAACCAGCGGGUUCCAACAGUGAAGAGUAUAUGUACACAAGUUAAGCAAGAAUGUAAGACUAGAAUAGUUCCUCUGUUAAACAAAAAAUGUAGCAGAAAAGAAAGAGAAUGGAUAGAUCAAUUGUAUAGAUAUGGAUAG